AAGUGGGGUAGGGAGCUGGGUGACUUUUCCUCUUCUGGCAUGUGACUGUCUGUAAACACGUUGCUGAGAAGUGUUAGGAAGAGAGAAAUCUAGCCAGUGUGGCCAGGAAUCAGGGAUUGAGUGUGCGGGGAUGGGAGGAGUGAGGUCUCUGGCAGAGAUAAAAGCAGGCAGCGCUGCUGCUCUGAGCACUUGGCUCAGCCAAAGGGGCUUCCUGAGGCUGCACCGGGAGGUGUGUGAGGGAGCAAGGGCCCGCGACGCUCCAGUGUCCCUGCUCGCUGCUCAUAACCCAGUUCACUCACUGCCUCUUGUCGUUCCAGGUGAAGCUGAUACUCCCAAGCAUCUCUCUGCAAUGGCCUCGGGGAACAACAGUGACCCACCAAGGGCCCAUGGACGCCAGGGAAGCAACGGGCGCAGGCUGUCACAAGAGCUCAACUCAGAAGACCAGGUGGCAGAGGAGACGGAGGAGGUGUUUCGGAGUUAUGCCUUCUACCGCUACCAACAGGAGAGAGAGGAGAGAGGGGAGGAAAUGCCCAUGGACCCAGAGAUCGCGGAGAUCCAGCAGGAGCUGGGCAGCACCGGGAGCCUGGUGGGAAGGCGCUUGGCCAUCAUCGGCGACGACAUUAACGAGCGGUACGACGCGGAGUUUCGCUACAUGCUGAAGUCCUUGCAGCCCACCAAGGAGAACGCCUAUGAGUACUUCACCAGAAUAGCCUCCAGCUUGUUCGAGAGUGGCAUUAACUGGGGCCGGGUGAUUGCACUGCUGGGCUUUGGCUACCGCAUGGCCAUCCACGUCUACCAGCACGGCAUACCGGGUUUCCUCCGCCGGAUCGCCCGGUACGUGGCGGAAUUCAUGCUCCGGAACCGCAUCGCCCAGUGGAUCGCCCAGCAGGGAGGAUGGGUGGCUGCACUCGAGCUGGACAAUGUUUACAUGAAGUACAUGCUGGUGGUGGUGGCCCUGGUCAUGGUGGGGCAUUUAGUGGUACGACGCUUCUUCAGGCCCUAACUGAUGUGGGGACAGAGGCUGGGGGGGUCUGGCCAAGCUCCCUCUCAAAUCUCUGCUCUGCAUUGACGUCUCCCAAGAGAGGGGGGAUUCAGCUUGGACCUGUGACCCUCCCACCACAAGGCCCAGGGUCUCUGCCACCUGCACAGACACCACCAGGAGCUAUGGAGAGAAGCACUAGGGGGGGGAAGGUUCAACUCUGUUGUUUUAUACCUCGCUCAGCUGCUGAGGAGAGAGCGUCACUGUGACACUCCUAGCAGGCAGCAGCGAGGCAGAACAGGCUCCUCUGGAGUCACAGACGUGUUGUGAUAAUGCCAGUGUGUGUGUGUGUGCGUGAGUGUGUGUGCGUGAGUGCUCGGGUCUUGUCCACUCCCUGGGGCAGGUGCGGGGCUCCCCAUUUGCUGAUGGUUUUAGCCCAGACCAUGCCUAUAUUUGAAGAAGGAUUGCAGCUUUCGUUGCUGCAACUGUUGUCUGUAAGUCACUGGAGGGGCAAGCCAGCAUUAGCCCGUGUGGGGCUUGCUUUCACCUUCCCUCUGUUCCUGAGCCCAAGUACUGGAGCCUUCUCUUUCCUUUUAACAAGCAUCCCUUCCCCUUUUUAAAGAACCACGCUGACUACCUGUCUCUGACAAGCGAGGGUAACAUGUGGCAGCGCUGGCAGGCAGGUUUUCCCUGCUGCAGCCUGAACCUGGGGACCUGCAGCUCUCCCACAGCCGAUGCAGGUGCUGGGGUGCAGCCUCACAGCCCUCCGUGAGCAAAAAGGCUGCGUGCCGGCAGGCCUAGGGAGCACCAGCAGGUUCCCAAACACUAAAAAGCUGGGGGGUGACUAAUGGCUGGUGUAGGCAGGCUGCCUGCCUGCCCACCCCCCAGUUCUGCUGGGGACUGCCAUUCAGUAGGCUCGGAUGCUGGCAAACAAGCAGCCCCAGUGAGACCAGUUGGUCUCCCUUGCUCGCAGUGAGAGGCACUGGAGUUGCAUCCCAGCCCCGCAUCAGCCCGUUGUCUUCUGGGCUCAGCUGGGCAGGAUGGUGCAGGCAGGUUAAGCCCAGGAAUGCAGUCUUCUCCAGCUGCCCAGACAGCAGGGCCCAGCCUCUUCUGGGCAUGGUGUCUUUGGGAAGCGACUUCACCUUGUCCUGCUCGUGACUAAUGCUUGAGCAUGACUUUUGGGGGAGGGAGGGAAGCAGGCUCCACUCUCCCAUCCCAAAUCUUUCUGACUUGCAAAAUAGGGAGAGAGUCCCAGUGUGAGUCUCAUGGUUUAGCUCUAUUCUUUUUACUCCAGGUGACUCUGUAAGGCUUGAAACUGUGACUGGCCCUGUCUGAGCCAAACUCAUCCUAGUCUAGCAUCACCCACCUCCUCGAGCAGGUCAGUCAGCUGGGGAGGGACCUCAGAGACAGGAAAUGAGCAGUGGUCCUGUGCUCCCCUCCUAACAGACAGAGCCCUUCUGGGCUGGAGCCGGGGACAAGGGGAGUUGCAGCCCUGAGCGGCUGAGCCCUCCUGCCCUCGGGGACCUUUGCACAAGACGGCUGGAGCAGGGAACUCGCCUGGUAUUGCUACUGCAAAACGGGCUGAGUGGCCACAACUGACAGUGCUCUGAGUCAUCCCUGGCCCAGGAAUUGCCAAACCAGGGCAGAGCCCGGCUCGCCUGCGGCCCUGCCUGCUGUCCCCCGCUGUGGUGACCACCGUGAGAGCCCAAGGUGGGGCACAGAGACCUUCAGAGCAGCCCAAAGGCGUUCCUGACAGACAGCUGUCGAACCUGUUUUUAAAACCCUCCAGUAUUGCUUUCCCAUACCACCAAUUCCUGCAUUAAUCUUUACCCUUCAGAUAGAUUUUUUUUUUCCUCUAUUUCUAUCCCUUGCUGCAGUUUAAGCUUGUUACUACCUGUCCUGUCCAAGCACAGACAGGACACCUUACAGCCUUUCUCCUUGCAGCUGCAGAGGCUUAGCAAGACCAGCCAUAAUCUUAUAACACUUGCAUCCCUCAUGUUCCUGCCUCAUUUAGCAUAAAAAUACCAAACUUUCAGCCUAUUUCCAUAGCAGGGUCUUUCUGAGCUUAUCAUUUUGACCCUGACUGUUUCUGCAAUAUCCCCUUCCCCUGGACUGCGCUUAAUAGAAAGGCAUUAAAAUAUGUGCUAUAAUAUUCCUCUUCUAUAUAUCUCUUGGUUCCUUUAUUUGUUUUAUCUGUGCUGAGCAGCACAAAUCUCCAGCAGACUGUCCACGCUCAGGUUUUGCGGCUGCGCUGACUCUCUUUGAGCAGCUGAAUGCCCACCGAGCUCAUCUGUCCCCUUGCAAGUGUUAUUUCUUUGCAUUUAUCCACACACAACUUCAUUUGCCAUCGUGCCACCUGUUCACCCAUCUUGAGCAGAUCAAGAUUUCCUCAAGAUCCUUCUCUGGUGUGAACCAGUGUAACCAACUGAGUAUCUGCGGUUUCCCAUCCCACUCCUUACCUUCUUUUCUGGGUGAAAACACCACCAGAUGGAGCCUUUCUGUCACGGUGAAAAUGAACUACUAAUUGUUGUAUUCCUUUUUUCUUCAUCAGCCACAUUAUAAGCACAUCACUGUCCUCUAGGCUAGGUCUCUGGCUUGCUUGUGUCUGCAGCAGGACUUUUUUCAGAGGACCUCGGCAAGAAAACAGUACAUCUACUUUUAUUCACUACUUCAGCAACACACUCCAAGAACUCUAACAGAUUGAAGUUUUCCUUGUCCAAAAAGCCAUGUUGCUUGUAAUUUAUUCUCAUCUUCCAGAUAAAGUGUUUCACCUUGAAAACCAAAUUCAGCUGUAAAGCCAACAAAAAAAAAAAAAAAAAAAAAAAAAAAAAAAAAAGAAAAGAACAUUUCUCAGCUUUAUGGUAGAUGAUGAAGCCUUAGUAAAGUCUGUGCUACCAGGAUAGAGAAGAGAACCUUUAUCAUAGGUGCUGUAGCAAAGGAAAGUUUUCGGUUUAUCCGUUUUCUCAGGGGAUUUGCAGGGAGGAUUUUCUCAGGAUAUCCGCAUAUUGUCUCCCUCUGCUCUCACCUCUCCUAGCCUUCCUGCCACUGGUGACCGAGUGGAAAAAAGCUUGAACUGGGACUGUGAAUGGGUGACUGGUCUGUAGUACUGUGUCCUGUCACUGGAUGGCAACAGCACUGCAGGCACAGCCACCUGGGUGCUCCGAGGGCAGAGAGGGGCUGAGCUCCCACAGAAGGGGAAAACCCCCCUUCCAGGUCCCCCUCUUUGUCCAGGUGACCUCAGUAUCCAUCAGCUGUGGUCUGCUCUGACCCAUAGCAAAGGCAGUCGUCACUGGUUCAUACUGGACUGCUGUUGGGGAAGGUGUUGAGUGCUUUACAGGGGCAGGAGCAGGCUACAGCAGAGUUGGAUUUGCUGGGAUCAAAACAGACCAAGACGAGAAGGCUUGGCCCUCCCCAGAAGCUGAUGCUCUUCACAGGGUCGUGGGUCCUCUCUAGAGAGCUGCAGCGGGUAUCUACCUCGAAGCCCCACUCGGCAGAGUUUGGGCAAGGGCCUGAACAAGGUACCACGGGCCACCUUAACUAUAUGCAGAAGGCUUUUACUCUCAGGCUGGCAGUGCCAGGAGCCAUUUUUCCCAAAAAAAAAAAAAAAAAAAAAAGUACGUGUCUGCUACAGAAGCAAGAGCUCUAGAUAAAACUAACAUUCUUAGAAUAACCCCAGACUUCUUACAGGGCGGAAUCAGCCACUUUAUUCUGCGGGAAUAAAGCCCUGAUCUACUACGAUAUUUGUAACCAGUGUACUACACUUUGUUUAGCCACCAACCCUGUCACAUAUUGUACCUCGUAGGAAAGCAAGCCUGUCUGAUGCACUGAACAGCAGCUCUCCCUGCUGCCACCUUCCCAGGCACUGUGGUGGUACUGGGGCAUGAUUGCCCCCGGGGCUUUAGCUUCUUCCUCUGGUGAGCAAGGGAAACUGGGGUGGGAAGCUCUCAACUGGAAGAUGAAGGCAGAAGAUGAGGAGAAGGGUCUGCCGUGGCUUUUCACAAGGAGAGGACUGUUCACGGCAUCAUUUGGGUUGGAAGGAAAGUCUCACCCCCACUCAAAGCAAAGCUACCUAAGUCAUUGCAGGGUUUGGUGGACAGCUGCUGAGAAAGCACCUCAUUUAUCUAGCACCAGAGACCCAAGCCUGGGUGGCAUCCAAGGAAGGACUGGCUCCCUCUGAUGCCCGCAGCUUAGCUGCACCCACUGGUACCAGCACUUUGCUUGGUCUGCUCGCUCCUGGAGUGGGUAGGAAGAGGGACCAAAGAAAAGCUUUUACUAUUUCCCUUCUCCACCCAGCCUCAGGAUCAACAGAUGGGAUGGCUUCAGCAUCUCAGUGCCCAGCGAAGGCUGAGAUGCACCCCACACCUAGCAGAGGGGUGCAGGCAGCAGUGCCAGUCCCCAGGGCUGGAGGAACCGCUCACGGAUGAGUCCGGGCACUGAUCGCAGCCUCGCUCGAGGCCACGAGCUCAGCGGGGUUCCUCGUACCUCUGCCAGCUCCCUAUGUAUCAAGGGGCGCAGGAGGAAGGUGGUACAUUUGGUGAGGAGUUCUUUGUGCAAGAGGCUACCCCAGGAGAGGUGUUAAGGGAACAUAGGGAAUUGUUCAGACAGAAAAACCUUGGUUCAAGCAGAAGCAUGAGGGUGGGCAGAAGGAUUUCAUUCAGAUGGUUAUAACAGGUACAUAGAAAAGGGCUGGGAGUCCGAAAGAAGAGGCUCAUUCACUGAGCCUCUUUGAGAGCAUUUUUUACUCCCACUCUCUCCCAGCUUUUUCCUUCUGGAUAGAGGAAUCUGCCUGAGCUAUCAGUUUGCUUCUCAGAACCACCCCUCCCUUCUAGCCAUUCCUCUUGCUGCGAGCCAAACCCUGAGCCAUCCCUGCCAAACACCGGGUGCUGCGAGGUUCAGGGGGCCAGCACUGCCCUGGAGAAACUGGUCUCUUCCUGGUCAGAACUGGUGGCAGCCUUCCGUGAAGCUCUGUGUGAUGGGUUUUACACGUAUACUUGAAUCCACACUAUCACUAGUAAUUCUGGUUCUUCCUCGCCCAUCUCAUGGCAUCCGAGUGCACGGUGCUUCACACAGCCCCUUCCCCAGCUCCUUCCUCCACCCCUCCAGGAAGCCCUUGGUCUCUCCCAGCCCUGCAAAGGACCAGGGUAUACAUAUGAUGGAGCAAUAAAACACGCUUUGCACUGACUCUGGAGGUGAAGGGCUGGUAAACACCUUUUUUUUCCCCAAGGGGAGGAGAGGACAACCACAGGUUGUCUCAGUAGCAGCAGGGAGAUGGGGAACAAGCUCUGUCUGCAGGCCAGCCUUUCCCCAGGGCAGGUCACUUUAAGUGGCAGGCAAAGGGGCUGUGUGGAAAACGAUGAGUUGCUUUCACCCCC